GAUAAAAUGAAACCCUCUGAUCCUGAACCAGGAGGUCUAGCAGGGCUGAUAAGGAGAGGUGAGCGGCACAUACACAGAGCACGAGGGAUGGUUCAACGGUUGCUAACUUCUUUCAGAAUUUGCAAAUAGUCCUACAAUAUUAAUGGACUAUUUAUCUUCUAUUUUCCUAAGCAAUGAAUAUAUUGUCUGACUGCUCAACUUCGAAAGCGAAUACAUAUUGAAUACAGCAGAUACAUUUAUUGUGAAAAUUAAUAGAUAAAUACUGCACCAAACUUGUGUUCUUCUAUAGAAAAAUGGAGUGUGAAAACCUGGACUUGAAAAUAUAUGUGUCCUUGAAUUCUUGCAUAGAUAAUGGAUGUAAUAUAAUAAUAUGAUCAGUUUUCAAGACAUUUUGAGUUUUUUAGAACUAUCUAAAGG